CGGUGUCGACCUCGUCAGUCCUUUGCGCGCAGUGUCUUAGCUCUUUUUUUUACUUUGACGCUCUCCACCCCAGUUUUUAUUCCCCAGUCACACAAAAAUUUGGGUUCGGAAAAAAAAAAUAUCAUUAAAAUAUCAAGUUAUUUGAUUUGGUUCGGUAAGCGAAACAGACAUAUUUUUGUCAAAAUGAGUGGCAACGGAUGUCCAAUGAACAACGGAUUUAGGUCGACUGAUCCCCAGGAAGGAAUCAACAUGGCCGAACAUUCUACAGGGAUGAUGUACGGCGAAUACUUACAGUUGGACAAGAUCUUAGACGGCCAACGACUGAUGAGUGAACAGCUUGGCAGUGAAACCGUUCACGACGAACACCUUUUCAUCGUUACACAUCAAGCCUACGAGUUGUGGUUCAAGCAGAUUCUGUACGAAUUGGAUUCAGUCCGCGAAAUGUUUUCUAACGAGGAAAUUGAAGAACGCAAAAUGCUAGAAGUCCUCAAGAGAAUGAAUCGUAUCGUUCUCAUCUGGAAGUUGCUGAGAGAUCAAGUAAUGAUUCUCGAGACGAUGACGCCCCUGGAUUUCAUGGAAUUCCGCGAAUAUUUAACGCCCAGCUCAGGCUUCCAAAGCCUCCAGUUCCGGCUGCUUGAGAACAAACUAGGAAUACGACAGGAACAUCGAGUGCGUUAUAAUCAAUCAAAUUACAUCAAAGUAUUUGGUAACGAUAAAGCCGCCAUGAUCGAGCUGGAGCGAUCGGAAAGUGAACCUUCACUCUGCGAAUUGGUUCAAAAGUGGCUGGAGAGGACACCUGGUUUGGACGAAGAGCACCCCAGUAAUUUCUGGACCCAAUAUCAACAAACUGUUGAAGCUUUGAUCAGAGAUCAGCAAAAAGAAGCCGAGGCGACGACGGAUGAACCGUUGAAAGUGCAUUUGCUGAACGAGUGCCAGAAGAAGAAGGAGCUUUUCGACUCCAUCUUCGAUGUAGACAUUCACAAUGCUCUGGUUGCGCGCGGGGAGAGGCGUUUCAGCCACAAGGCUCUUCAGGGAGCCAUCAUGAUCACUUUUUACCGGGACGAACCGCGCUUCAAUCAGCCGCACCAACUUCUCAGCAUUUUGAUGGAUAUCGAUUCUCUAAUUACCAAAUGGCGCUACAAUCACGUUAUGUUGGUCCAGCGGAUGAUUGGGUCUCAGCGUAUCGGGACAGGUGGAUCAAGCGGCUAUCAAUACCUGCGAUCAACUUUGAGUGAUCGCUACAAGGUGUUCUUGGACUUGUUCAACCUGUCGACGUUUAUUCUGCCGCGAAAACACAUUCCGCCCCUAUCGCGCCACAUGAAGACUCGACUGUCCAUUCGCGAGGAACCGCAUACCCAGAAUCGCCCUAGCCAUAGCGAAGACGACAACAAAUCACAGAGCGGCAGCAGUACUGGUGGACUAGAAACAUCCGGAGAACUCUCACUCUAACAUUUCCCAAUGACAUAAUAUUUCCCUCCGCACUUUUCAGAAUCCCAUUACCUCCGCAACGUUUUAAUUUUUGUUUUGUUUCUUAAUUUCCAAACUGCAUGGCUCUAAUAACUGACGACCGUCUUCAAAGUACAGCAUAACUGAUGGAGGAUGACACUUCAUAGUCAUACACAAUUCUAAUCCAAAUCCUUAAACAAA